UUUUUGGGGUCCUUUGGAGCUUCUUCGUGCUUUCCUUGGCGAUUCGAGUACUGCCUCUAUUCUAUCGUUUCAUGGCUACCGCGUUCAAACGAGACGACGACGAAGGAGGUCGCCUACAAUUUUUCACCCGUGACUUGUAGGAAUCCAUUACCAUGCAAUCUGGAUUUGAAAUUAAUGCGUUGGUUCAAGAAGCUCAAAACCGCUGGUUGAAGCCUGCCGAAGUACUCUUUAUUCUACAGAAUCAUGAGGAUCAUCAGAUAACACAAGAUGCCCCUCAACAGCCACCUGGUGGGUCUCUGUUCCUUUUCAACAAGAGGGUCCUUCGAUUUUUUCGUAGAGAUGGUCAUACGUGGCGGAAAAAGAAGGAUGGCAGAACUGUAGGUGAAGCUCAUGAACGGCUUAAGGUUGGGAACGUUGAAGCUUUAAAUUGUUAUUAUGCACAUGGUGAGCAAAAUCCCAAUUUUCAGAGGCGAAGCUAUUGGAUACUGGAUCCGGCGUAUGAGCACAUCGUUCUUGUUCAUUAUAGAGAAGUCAGUGAGGGAAGGCACAAUGCUGGAUCAGGCUCUUACCUUUCACCAGGCCUGCCUUCUACUCCAAGUCAGAGUACCAGUCCUUAUUCUGCCCAAAAUCCUGGCUCAUUUUCUGGAACUAGUGAAUUGUAUGAACCAUCUCGCAGUUCCAUUAGUCGAGGAUCUGUGGAAGUCAGUUCUGAGUCGGUUAUCAGGAGUACUGAGCUGGAUCCCUUGGAUAUAAUGGAGAGAUCAGGAGAGUUUAGUAGUUCAUCUGAGCCUGAGGUCAACCAUGCACUGCGAAGGCUUCAGGAGCAGUUAAGUUUGGGUGAUGAUGACUUUGCAGAGGAACUUUCUUCAUACUGCACUCAGAAGGAGAAGUCAAAGGAUUCAGGAUUCCUAGAUUCUGAAGUGAAGGGAUCCAAACAGGAUGAGUUUGAAGUUUUACUACAUGGAUCAGAAUACAAAAAACAUAAUCUGAAUUAUAGUGGAAAUGCUGCGGGACUAGAGAAUUCAAAUAACCACCUGUUGCCACAAAAUGCAGGUGACAGGGAGCCUUUGGGUCCUGAAUAUACACAUGAGAAGGAGAAUUCUCCAUCAUGGAAAGAGAUGCUGGAAUUGUGUUCCCCUUCAACUGGUUCUGAUUCUCGAGAGAAACUUUUCAACAGAUUGGAUGGAAAGACACUACAGGAAAAGCCUCUGUCCCCAGAGAGGGGAACAAUUUUGGGGAAUCCAGUUAGACAGCAGGAAAUCAGGUCUUCUCAGUGGUUGGAUUUUGGUGGAAAUAAUUCAGAAAAUAGGGCGAAUUACUGCACAACUUCUGAGAGUGAUUUAAGCUUACAAAUGCAACUUUCAGCUGCUAGGGAGUUUCUAUUAGGCUCUGACAAUUCUCUUGUAUCUGCAACUUUAAGAACAUUGCCUCAAGUAGUAGAAAACUCCAAAAGAUCUUCAUAUUCUUCAGGAACAACUGUUCACAAAGCCAACCCUAACUCUUAUACAUUGUGGUUUGACCAAGAAAAUCAUCUUGAAGUUCCUCUGGAUGGAGAUUCAAGUUUGACCAUUGCACAGAAACAAAGAUUUACUAUUUGUGAAAUAUCGCCAGAAUGGGGAUAUGACACUGAGGCUACCAAGGUCAUUAUUACUGGAUCUUUUUUAUGUGAUCCAUCAGAGUUUGCAUGGAAAUGUAUGUUUGGCGAAACUGAAGUUCCCAUAGAAAUCAUUCAAGAAGGUGUUCUUCGUUGUAAAGCUCCUCCACAUGGUCCUGGAAAAGUCAGUCUCUGCAUCACAUGUGGCAAUAGGGAAUCCUGCAGCGAAAUCAGGGAAUUUGAAUACUGUAUCAAGCAAAGGAGCUGUACUCAUUGUGAUUUACCCUUGACAGAAGUAACUAAAAGCACAGAAGAACUGCUACUCCUUGUAAGGUUUGCACAGAUGCUUCUGUAUGAUCCAUUGGCUCAAAGAGAAGAUAGUGUUGAGUCAGGAAUUGAUGUACUGAGAAAAAUGAAAGUUGAUGAAGAUCCAUGGGGACAUAUUAUAGAGAAACUCUUAGUUUGCAGUGAGACUCCAUUGCGUACCAUGGAUUGGCUUGUUCAAGAACUUUUGAAAGACAAGUUGCAGCGGUGGCUUUUGUCCAAAUACCAGGAAGAAAGUGACACACCUGGUUGUUCCCUGGCCAAGAAAGAGCAAGGGAUAAUACAUAUGGUAGCUGGGUUGGGCUUCGAGUGGGCCUUAAACCCAAUUCUUAACUCUGGGAUCAGUAUAAAUUUCCGUGAUGUUAAUGGUUUGACUGCUCUUCAUUGGGCUGCACGGUUUGGAAGGGAAAAAAUGGUUGCCAUGCUUCUAGCUGCUGGUGCAUCAGCAGGUGCUGUGACAGAUCCCACCCCACAAGAUCCAACAGGUCAAACCCCAGCGUCCAUUGCUGCUGCCAACGGCCACAAAGGACUUGCUGGAUAUCUCUCUGAGGUGGCUCUAACUAGCCAUCUUUCAUCCCUGAAACUGGAAGAAACUGAGCUUUCUAAAGGUGCAGCUGCUCUGGAGGCAGAAAUAACUGUGCAGAGCAUCUUGAACGAGAGCCUUGAUGCCACAGAGGAUCAGCUUUCACUCAGAGAUUCCCUUGCUGCAGUUCGAAAUGCAGCUCAGGCUGCUGCACGCAUACAAUCUUCUUUUCGUGCACAUUCUUUCCGAAAGCGGCAACAAAGAGAAGCAGGAACUGCUGCCGCUAGUGUCGAUGGUUAUGAUAUCACUGCAGACAACAUUCAUGAGAUUUCAGCUGCAUCAAAGUUGGCCUUUCGCAGCCUUCGUGAUCAUAAAUUAGAUACUGCAGCUUUGUCUAUUCAGAAGAAGUAUCGUGGUUGGAAAGGGCGGAAAGAUUUUUUGGCUUUGCGCCGGAAGGUUGUUAAGAUACAGGCUCACGUGAGGGGGCAUCAGGUCAGGAAGAAGUAUAAGGUGAUUAUAUGGGCUGUUGGUGUUCUGGAUAAGGUUGUCUUGCGGUGGCGUCGGAGAGGAGUUGGUUUGCGAGGAUUCCGGCCCGAAUCAGAAUCUAUUGAAGACAGUGAAGAUGAAGAUAUCCUGAAGGUAUUCCGCAAGCAGAAAGUAGAUGCAGCUAUUAAUGAAGCUGUAGCUAGAGUUUUGUCCAUGGUUGAGUCUCCUAAGGCACGCCAGCAGUACCGACGGAUGCUUGAAAGCUACCGGCAAGCUAAGGCUGAAUUAAUUGGUGAAACAAGUGAAGCGUCAUCGGUUCCUCAAUACGAUGUUGAUGACAUGGAAAAUGAUUACAUGUACCAGUUCCCACAGGAGUUCUGAGUUACCUUGGUAUUGAUCUCUCUGCAUACUUAAUUUUGAAGCUCACCUCACAUUUAUGGUAACUGCAUUCACUUGUACAUAUAUUCUGUUGGUUCAGGAUUUGAGAGUUGUGUUUCUAACGUCUAGAUAUAGUUGUUGCGUUUGUGCUUGAUUGUUAGUGCUGUAAUGAUUGUAAUUAUUGUAAAAUGGUUUUUAAUAAUUGCUGAUUUGGU